AACCAUUUCCUCAAUGUGCUCCUGUUGAGAGGUCGGGAAAAACAGCAGCUCUUCACUUAUACACUGCGAGAGAUUAAAAAGCUGAAGGAGUUUGUGUGGAUUUUGGCGUGUCGAAUGGCGUGUGUGGGGAUUGUGCGAUUAGGAGUUAUAAUUUUUCUCUUUCAGGUAUUUUCGUGUGGAUAUACGGAGGAGUCGACAUGUACACCUGGGUUUGAGUCGGAAACAGUCGUUUUUAAAGUGCACAGAAAUCACCUUCACAGGGGGAAAAGACUAGGAAGAGUACCUUUCAGUAAUUGUGAUGGAAGAACAAGAACGCUCUUCCAGUCCGUUGACAAGCGGUUUGACGUGAACACGGAUGGGACCGUAACACUGAAGAGACAAGUGACUCUUCAUGAAGGCCACAAGGUGUUUUCUGUGGACGCUUGGGACUCCAGUGGAAAGAAGCACACGGUCUCUGUCAGAGUUGAGCGUGUCCAUCAUCAUCAUGAGGACCAUCACAUGAACACGGUCAUGAACAUCUCCUCUCCACAGAUGGAAUCUCCCUCUGAUGAUCUGGUUCUGAUGUUUCCAAAGCCUUCAACGGGUCUGAAGAGAGCAAAGAGAGGUUGGGUUAUUCCUCCAUUUAAUAUAGGUGAGAAUAGCAGAGGUCCUUUCCCAGAGAAAAUGCACCAGAUAAAGUCGGACUAUUCUAAGGAAAUUCAGAUGCACUACAGUAUCACAGGUGAAGGAGCGGAUCUGGAUCCUAAGGGGACUUUCACUAUAGAAAGAUUAACAGGGAAUCUGUUUGUGACUCGACCACUCGACAGAGAAAUAAAAGCUUCAUACAGACUUAUGGCUUAUGCUGUUGCAGUUGGUGCGGAUAUCAAGGAAACUCCAAUGGAAAUUAUUGUAAAUGUGAUGGACCAAAAUGAUAAUAAGCCUGUUUUUACACAAAAUCCAUUCAAUGGAAAUGUUGCUGAAGCUUCUCUUAUAGGUCAUGAGUUUAUGACAGUCACAGCCACUGAUGCAGAUGAUCCAGACACUUACAAUGGUGUUGUCAGUUACGCAAUCGUCAAGCAAGAUCCAGAAUUGCCAAAACCAGACCUGUUUAUAAUCAACCCUGUUACCGGAGGAAUUCGUGUGAAUGCUUUAGGCUUGGACAAAGAGAAAUGGUCCAGAUAUACUGUGUUAAUUACGGCGACUGACCUGGAAGGAAGAGGUUAUGGAUCCACCGGCACAGCUGUUAUUACUGUGACUGACAGCAAUGAUAACGCACCUCAGUUUGUGCAAACCUCGCACACUGUAUCUGUCCCAGAGAAUAAAGUAGAGGCUGAAGUGGCCAGACUUACAGUUACUGAUGGAGAUGAAGAGGGAUCUCCUGCCUGGUCAACCAAAUAUAAGAUUAUUGACGGUGACAAGAGUGGGUUUUUCAGUGUCAGUACUGGACCCAGCCAGCUAGAGGGCAUCAUCACCACUGUAAAGCCCCUGGACUUUGAGAAGAACAAGCAAUUCAUUCUGUCUGUGAUUGUUGAGAACGAUGAUCCAUUUGUCGGUUCUUUGGCCACUUCCACUGCCACAGUCACGGUGAAUGUAGAAGAUGUGAAUGAGCCUCCGGAGUUUAAUCCAAAGGAGAAGGUUAUCUUCAAACCUGAAAAUGCACCAGUUGAUAGUGAAUUGGUUACUUAUAAAGCCACUGAUCCAGACACUGCAAAAGCACAGAAGAUAACGUAUAAGAUUGGCAGUGAUCCUGCCGGCUGGCUGAGUGUUGCUCCAGACACUGGAGUUAUUAAAGUCAAGAGCCUCAUGGAUAGAGAAUCUCCCUCAGUCAAAGAUGGCAAAUACAGAGCUAUCAUUUUGGCGUUGGAUAAUGAUGGUGACGCUCCAGCAACUGGCACAGGAACCCUGGUUAUUGAAUUGGAGGAUGUAAAUGACAACGCUCCUGUCAUCAAUGAAAGGAAUAUACGAAUGUGCAAUCGUGGUUCAGCCCCAGUGCUUCUCUCUAUAUCGGACAAAGAUGGACCUUCUUUCGCUGGUCCUUUUAGAGUUGAGACCCACGGAGAAACCAGUAAAAAUUGGUCCACCUCGAUGAAUGGCACAUCAACGGGUGUCUUUCUGACACCAAAGUCUGCAUUGGAGCAGGGUGACUACAAUGUUGUCCUGAAAGUUAUUGAUCAAGCUGGGUUGGAUCAGGAAAGCACCAUUCAAGCAACUGUGUGUAACUGCGAAGGAGAAGACGUGCAAUGUGCUGACAUACGGGUCGCAGGAAUGCCACUAUCUGGAGUUCUGGGAAUCCUGGGAGGAAUCUUGCUUCUGCUGUUGCUCGCUCUUCUUCUGCUCUUGUUCAUGAGGAGGAAAAGUAGUACCAAAAAAGAACCCCUCCUUCCUGAAGAUGAUAUAAGGGACAACAUCUACUAUUAUGAUGAGGAAGGCGGUGGAGAAGAUGAUCAGGACUUUGAUUUGAGCGUGCUGCAUCGAGGCUUGGACAACAGACCUGAAGUGUUCAGAAACGACGUGGCGCCCACUUACAUGACGGCACCUCAGUUUAGACCCCGACCCUCCAACCCUGAUGAGAUUGGCACAUUCAUUGAUGAUAAUCUGAAUGCUGCGGAUAACGACCCCACCGCGCCGCCGUACGACUCUCUCCUGGUGUUCGACUACGAAGGCGGCGGCUCAGACGCAGGUUCGAUCAGCUCCCUCAACUCCUCCAGCUCAGGAGGAGACCAAGACUACGACUUCAUCAAUGACUGGGGCCCGCGCUUCAAGAAGCUGGCAGACAUGUAUGGAGGAGGAGACGAUUAAGACUCUUUUUGUUUGUUUUUUUUGGUUCAUUUCUCUCUCUGCAAGAGAUGGUUUAAAAAUGCAAAAUAUGAGAAUUUUUAUACUUUGCUUUAUGGUCUGGUGAUUUGAAUGUUUAAAGUUGGAA